AUGUGUAUACUGGACGAAGUCAAUGGGCGCGCCCCACGAAACCAGCUGUACCGUCUGUACUUCAGGUUAAUUUUGUUCGUUGCGCUCAUCUUUUGGUGA